ACGACCCCCGUCUCCAUUGCCCUGCCGACUCCGGAUGCUCUAGACGAUUGAGCACUCUUGCGACACUGGUCCUGUCUGAUCGAGGUUGAGGCAAAAGCCCCUCCGCCAGUGACUCGGGCGGCCGCGCGACAGCCCGUUCACCACAAUGGACCGCGACUUUAAUUCACAGCCCUUCGACGGCAUGCGCACAAGGCCAAAGCGCCCUGUCACAGACUAUGGAUCCACCAUGGUGCAAUGGAUGCGCAAUCGACGCCCGCGGUACAAAGGCAGCUCAACCCUAGAGAUGGAGAGGCCCAGUGCAAGCUACAUUGUGGAUAUGCUCCCACCCCUUGGUAGACUUUCGAAUGCCGCCGAAUCAAUACCCGCCAAAGCCCUCCAUUCCUCCUUGAACAAAGUGAAGCACCCAAUAAACGUCGUGCGAUGGACUCCAGAAGGUCGGCGCCUUUUGACAGGCUCUACAAGUGGCGAGUUCACACUAUGGAAUGGAAUGGGUUUCAACUUCGAGACCAUCAUGCAGGCGCAUGACGCGGCAAUAAGAGCUGCGGUGUACUCCCACAGUGACGACUGGCUAGUAUCAGCGGAUCAAGAUGGUAUCGUAAAAUACUGGCAGCCCAACUUCAACAACGUCAAAGCGAUACAAGCACAUAGCGAGCCAAUUCGUGGCCUAGCAUUCGCUCCUACAGACUCGAAAUUUGUUACAUGUUCCGACGAUGCUAGUCUGAAGAUCUUCGACUUUGCAGGAGGUACGGAAGAGUCCACUUUGACUGGGCACGGUUGGGAGGCCAAGACUGUGGAUUGGCAUCCUACGAAAGGACUGCUCGUGUCGGGCUCAAAGGACCACCAAGUCAAGCUGUGGGAUCCUCGGACUGGGCGGUGUCUGACCACACUUCAUGGACAUAAGAACACAAUCUCGAAGACAUCUUUUGAACCCAACCAGGGAGACCUCCUGGCUACGUGUGCUAGAGAUCACACGGCGCGGAUCUUUGAUUUACGUAUGAUGCGUGACGUACUACUUCUACGGGGCCAUGAAAAGGACAUCAUCACCUUGGUAUGGCACCCAAUCCACAAAAACCUGUUGUCGACCGGCGGUGUCGAUGGCAGCCUCAACCACUACCUCUUGGACGAACAGAAUCCUCCUCCCGGAGUCGCAACUACCUUGUCGCCAUACGACAGUAAUGAUCCUUCAAAUGCACCCGCGCAAACCAUAUAUCCAGCGCAUAGCAUACAGUACGCACACGACUUCACCAUUUGGGCCAUGGAUUGGCAUCCGCUCGGUCAUCUCUUAGCAUCUGGUUCCAACGACCGCGUGACUCGGUUCUGGACACGACCUCGCCCCGGAGACAGCGCGUGUUUUAAUGACCGUUAUCAUAUCGGACAGAAGGAAGCGGAAGCACAGGGCACAUACGAUAGGAGGGACAGGCACAGACAGCUGCGCGAGGAGGAAGAGCAGGAAGCAGAGGAUGAGGCUGAAGGUCUCGUAGACCAAAAGAUGCCACCAAAACAGCCCGUCAUGUCUGGCCUCCCAGGUCUAUCUGCGGACGGCACAAGCGUAGGGGGUGCGCAAAAUCUACCAGGAAUCGGCGGCGCGCCACAGCUACCUCCAUCUUUCCCUCCUCUCUCUGCUGGCCUUCCCAAUAUCCCAGGAAUGGAUCCCAGCAAGAUGCCAGAUCUUGCCAAAUUCGCUGAAAUGCUUGCUAAUGCACCGCCGGGGCAAUUCCAGGUGCCGCCCGGGUUCUUACCUCCUCCACCCCCUCCUGGGAUGUUACCUCCUGGGAUGCUUCCCCCUGGUUUCCAGCCGCCGCCUGGUUUCCAACCUCCGCCUGGCUUUCACCCUCCUCCUGGCUUUCAACCACCUCCUGGGUUCCAACCACCACCUGGCUUCGUACCACCGCCUCUACCCAACGCAGCGCAAGGGCUGCCCAUGCUCCCGUUUCCCCCUCAGCAGGGCACUCCUGAGAAUGGUAAUGGUGAAAGCAACAGAGGCGGUGCUGCGAGUGUUCGGCGGAGAGGUCCUCUACCUAGCCAACAAGAAAGCUUAAAGCAGGAAAUGAAGCGAGGGAAGUUUACGAGAAGUCGGUGAGGUAGUAUUUCUGUAUAUUCUAGUCGCUGGCGUGGAGCUCUGGCGUUUGGCUACUAGCGCUUCAGUGCGCUUGGAAAAGGCUCUUUGUCAGUAUGCCUUUCGCUUCUUUCAUCCUCGCGAGCGUACGGGUAUAUCAAUAAGGUAGCUUCACUACAUUCUAGAAUACUAGGACACCAGUCUGGACACUUUUUCUUGAAAACUCUUCUAGAUUUCUUCUGAUAUGCGGAGCCACCCAGGCAACGGCAAGAUAGGGUGACUGAGACCCUUUGACCUCGCUCCAAUUCGCGCCGUCUAGGAUAAUACAUCAUUUCUGAGUCCUUCAUAAAGCGGCGGAGUGCAGAGACUUUUGUCCAUGUACUGUAGAUAGAUACUGACCCCGAAUCCCGCGAACCUCUUUCCGGAGGUUCUGCGUUGUCACAUUAAACUUGGCGGGAAUUCUGAUGAUCCGUGAACUCGGAGGUGAAGGUGAAUAUCUGAAUAGAAAUCUUUAGAACCG